AGUUGCGUUUGCUGUGACACGGAACAAGGGAUGUGAAACGGAAGUGUUUACGAAGAUACAAUAUCAGCCGGAUAAUUUAUCAUCGGCGCCUCUUUUUACAUCUUGUUUUCUGCCAGUUGAGGAUGUUUCUCGGACACUGAAAGGUACCGCAUCAACUUAUCUACGAAUUAUAUUAACUACUCUAUGUUAUGAAUAACAGAAAACCCGUGUAAGGGUUGGCUGGCAUUAGCUUGGCAACAAUAGCAUUGUUGUUUGUAGCUACGGGAGAGCUAAGCAUAAAGGCUUCUGUAGAGGUUGUGUAUUGGUGGCUGUUACCAUAAAAGCAGACUUAUCUAUCUUUUCCCUCCAGUUUAAUCCAGAAAGAAAAUGGAGGAGAUAAAGACCGAGCCGAUUGAUUUUGUGAGGGAAUUUCAAGAGUACCUGACCCAGCAAACCCAGCAUGUAAACAUGAUCUCAGGUUCUGUCUGCAGUGAGAAGGAGGCUGGGGAGCCACAGUUUCAAGCAGGUGGGAGAGCAGUUGAAUACUUUUUAUAGCAAUAAAUAUGUGAUAAAUAAAAGGCAAAACCCUUAAAGUCAUUGUGUGUUUGGUUUUAGUUGCCCCGCGGAGUGAGCACAACAAUCUGGACCCUGUACCUGUGGAGGUGAACCUGCCAAUAGAGGAGAGCUCAGAUGUUCAGGUGGACGGCCUGGAGAGGACUUUCGAUGGGAAAUACAAGUGCAGUUACUGCAGCUAUGCCAACAAGGGAAUGGCCCGUUUAAUAGAGCACAUCCGCAUCCACACAGGUUAGUGUUUCCACUAGAUUCACCCAUACAUAAACAAGUACACUUAAGUUUACCAGUAUGGUGCACCUAAAGAUGGUAUCCUCAAAGAAAUAAGCAUUUGCAGACCAAAUGCAGAUCCAGUCCAAAUCUAUUUUUUUGUGUCAUUAACUUCUGUUGUAAUUUAUUUUUAUUUUUAUUUUUUUUGCAUUUAAAAAAAUAUAUAUAUAUUUGUAGCAGUGGCAGUUCUCGGCCACCGUUACAAAUCUAUUGCUGUAUAACAGUGUUCAUGUUGUGAGCUGUUGUGAACAAAUAUGACAAUAUGUCUUUUUUUCAUCCAGGAGAGAAGCCUCACAGAUGCCAGCUGUGCCCGUUCGCCUCAGCAUACGAACGACAUCUGGAAGCCCACAUGCGCUCGCACACAGGAGAGAAACCGUACAAAUGUGACCUCUGCGCCUUCCGUUGCAGCGACCGUAGCAACUUGUCCCACCACCGCCGGCGCCGCCACAAGCUCCUCCCCUCAAGAGUUGUCCGCUCUCCCUUCUCCAACAAACGAAUGUUGAGUUCCCUCCAGAAGAGGACUGGCUCGAUAGGUUUGAGCAGGCGGCUGCUCGUCAACUUUAGCACUCCUUCAGUGAUGACGCAAAAGUCGGAUUAUCUGUGUGACUUUCCACAUAAGGUCCACCACCAUUUGAACGGCACCGAGUACAGGAACCAUAACAGGAUGGAUGAUAACGACAGUCGAAACAGAGGUGCUGUUAAUGGUUUGACCUCCAAUAACCCCCUGGACCAGCUGUCUACACUUGCAGGCCAGCUUGCAGAUCUUCACCCUGAAUCUCAGACUCCUGCAUCCCCUGACAGAGAGUCCUUAAGAGACGAGAAGCCCAUCAUCAUCCACCAGAUUUCAAGUGAGCAUGUUUCAAUGUCUUCAAACGGAGUUCAGACUUCACCUCAUCCAAAAGAGUCCCCUAGGUCCGGCCAUGAGAGCUGCAGUCCUGUACCUGGCUCAGGCUUUGAAAGCAGCAUGAACACUCUGACUGCGAGUAUGAGCAACAGUCAGCCGGGGACACCUGCCCCUCUUGCUCAGACUGCCUUAGACCAGCAUCUCCUGCAGAAGUGUCCGCAUUGUGAUAUUCACUUUGUGGAUAAUAUCCUCUACACUAUUCACAUGGGCUGCCAUGGUUACGAGCAUCCAUAUCAGUGCAACAUCUGUGGCCACAUGUGUAUAGACAAAUAUGACUUUGCUUGUCAUUUUGCCCGUGGACAACAUAAAAAGUGAUUCACAGCAGCUUGGGUGUAUAUAGAGCCUUUUUCAUAUUGCCAGUUCAGUGUGAGGUUUUUAAGCAUCUGUAAUGUCCGGCUUUUUUAUAAAUUUCAUGUACAGCUAUACACGUUAGCACUGAAUCAUUUUUCUUUAGAUUUUAAUACCUGUCUUAUUUCAUACUCAUCAACUUCAUCACAUUGUUGCUUUACUGCAGUUCGGCAUAGCUCCCAGUUACGGGAUGAUCUGAAACCCUCAAUUUCAUCUUUGUUUCAACAGUAAUUUCAGGACCUCUAAACAGACAGAGUACGACAACACUGAGGUAACAGUCAAAACUGAGCUUAUAACACAUCUCAACAAGGGAUCACUUAGUCUGAGGGUAAGUGGUGCUAAAAUUGGUUUACUAAGUGUGACUUACAGUAGCAGAGCAAGCACCACCAGCCUGUGCUCCCCUUUGCAAGUUAACGUCCACAUGCCUGUGCCUGUUACACGCUGCUUUGGUUGAGUUGUUAUAUGUCAGUUUAACAAGACACAACCUGCACAUCACUAUGUUAUAGAUACAGCACUCAUUUUUCCUCUGUGCUUGUUCAUGCCCAGGUAGUAAGCAUUAUAGUGUUAUGUAUAUGACAUGAGCUUAUACUGAUAAAGACAUUAAUGACUUGUUAAACUGACGAGUAAUUUGAGCUGUAACUAGUGGAGGUGAUGCUCAACCGUUCAGUUAACUGGAAGCCUUCACUAAAGCUUUUUUCCUUUCUUUUGGAGCUGUAUUCAUGUAAGCAACUCUGGAAAAUUACUGAGGCUGAGUUUCAGAAAUUCCCUGAAAUUUUCAGGAGUGCGGAAGUGAAAAGGGAUUAUGUUAGAGAUUGAUGCAUACACAGAGCAAAACAACACAUAGAGAUACAGUGGGGAGAAAACAACACACUUAACACACAAAAAAAUUGAACUGCACAUUUGUAUGUCGUUUCCCUUUUUUUUUUUUUUCUCGAGCCGAUGCAGCUACUAUUUCAUUUUCGGGGUCCAGUUUUGGGAUAGCAACUACAUCUCUUGGAGUCCACAUGUGCAAAAAUAACAAAAUCCCCCUGAAGUAUAAUCAGUGAGAUGUUUCAAAGCUGACUGCCCAUUUUAUGAUUAAAAAUUUAUGUUAAUUAUGUGUCAUUCAAACCCUGCUUGCUGUUUUGACAUGUAUACCUCACUCUAUGGACUCCAUAGGAAUUUUAAUGUUAUUUUUUCAUAUGUUGUUACUAAUUUAACACAUUAAAGUUUUUAAAAUGAAUAUUUAUCCCCUGUUUUGAGUAUUUCAUGAUGCUGCGCAUGCCAGUAGUUUUUAUAGACGCUCUUCAGAGUAGGUUUUUUUAUGUGGAAUGUUUUAUAUGAAAAUGUUGGUCUGGAAGGAAGGCAGAGACAAUUCAAUUUACUUGUUAAUGUGUAUUUUUCUUGUAAGUGGCUCAAAGAGCAGCUGUAAAACUAAUGGACUCCUCUCUUUAAGGGUACAUGAUGAUACAUAAAGAUAAUAUGAUCAACAUUUCACAUCAUUUUUGCAGAUCAUGCCAACAUUCAUCCAUGUGUCAGUUUGUUAAAAGCGUGAUAAUGUUUGGAGGAAAGUUUGUCUUUAAAAAAAUAAACUUUAUUUGAUAAAAUAAAA